AUGGCCGGUCUCCAGCUGCCCGCAUGUGCCCUGGGUGGAUUGCCCAUUUGCAAUCAGCUCAAUGGAUUAUAUUCGGGAAAUUGCCCUCACACAAGCUCAUAUCUAAAUGACAUAAACUCACUUCAACGCUACGAAGGUCAGCACAUCUACACGAUCUACAGUAAGAUGGAUCAAGUUGUCGGCUUUUUGGUGUGCGGAGGGAUCACUUCCCAAAUCGGAGGACAAGAGGGUGAGCGAAUUGUGGACUCUGGCUGGGAGCUGAUUGUGUGUGGUGGAUUUGAUGGAUCACGAACGACGAACAAGUCCGAACGCUUUGACUUCAGGAAUACGCGCUGGAGCGAUUUCCCCAGUAUGACACUCUCAAAAUCGGCACUCCGUAUCACAUCAAGGAUCAUCCGAUUAUUCCGCUGCUGG